UGUAGCUUCUAAUCCGAACCAAUUUGCUCCUCACAGCUCCUCACAAUUCACAUCGUGACUAUGCGUGCUCUUCGAAAGUCUACUCACCUCUCACGCCAGCUCGUAGCUGCCAAUGGUGCGCGCUUCAACUCUACAACCGCACCGGCUGCCAAAGCGCUGACUUCCGUACUAAUCGCCAAUCGUGGAGAAAUUGCACUCCGUGUUGGCCGCACAGCUUCAGAGUACGGCGUACGAACAACAACUCUCUACACCGACCCAGAUGCUCGUUCACAGCAUGCACUUAGCUCACCUUUCGCCGUCAACCUCGGCGAUCCUUCCGCAUAUCUUGAUGGAGACAGGAUAAUACAGAUCGCGAAAGAGCAAGGCUGUCAGGGUAUACAUCCAGGUUAUGGAUUUUUGAGCGAGAAUCCACAAUUCGCAAAGAAAUGCACGGAGGCUGGCAUAACCUUUAUUGGACCACCAUCUCAGGCAAUUGAAGCCAUGGGUAGCAAGAGUGAAUCCAAGAAUAUCAUGACCAAAGCUGGCGUGCCCUGCGUACCAGGCUACCACGGUUCCAACCAAGAUCCCGACCACCUAAAGAACGAGGCAGCAAAGAUUGGCUACCCUGUUCUGCUCAAGGCUGUCAAAGGUGGUGGCGGCAAGGGAAUGCGAAUUGUCAACACAGAGCAGGAGUUCUUCGACCAGCUCUCGUCAGCUAAGGGCGAAGCCCGUAACUCGUUCGGCGACGAAGUCAUGCUUGUCGAGAAGUACAUCACAACGCCGCGACAUAUUGAGGUUCAGGUCUUUGCCGACAGUCAUGGAAACUGUGUCGCGCUGGGCGAGCGUGACUGUAGUAUCCAACGGCGACACCAGAAGAUCUUGGAAGAAUCACCGGCGCCACAUUUGCACGAGGAUAUCCGUCAAGAUCUCUGGGAGAAGGCAAGACAAGCUGCUCUUGCAGUUGGUUACGAAGGUGCUGGUACAGUCGAGUUCAUCUUCGACAACGACACUGGCGAGUUCUUCUUUAUGGAGAUGAACACUCGUCUACAAGUCGAACACCCUGUCACUGAGAUGGUUACCGGCACCGAUCUGGUUCAUUGGCAACUCAUCGUUGCGGAAGGUGAUCGUCUGCCUCUCACACAACAAGAAAUCGAAGAGAGGAUAAAGGAGCGUGGUCAUGCCAUCGAGGCACGAAUCUACGCCGAGAACCCUGACAUGAACUUCAUCCCCGACUCUGGCCUCCUCCUUCACUUGCGGACACCAACUCCAACACCGACGGUGCGCAUAGACUCUGGUUUCGUCGCCGGAGAUGAAGUCUCCUCACACUACGACCCUAUGAUCUCAAAACUCAUUGUCCAAGGCCCUACCAGAGAAGCUGCAAUUCAGAAGCUAAGGACAGCUCUCGAGCAGUAUGAAGUCGCCGGCCCUGUCACCAACAUCGAAUUCAUCAAGAAGAUGUGCGUCAGUCCUGACUUCGUCGCUGGCGCAGUCGAAACUGGCUACAUCCAGAAGCACCACGCCGAGCUCUUCACACCCCUUCCUCCCGCAUCAGAGGUCUUCGCCCAAGCUGCCAUUGGCCUCGUCCUCCAAGAAGUCUCUUCGAUUAGAUCAGAUCCCUUUUCCGGCCCACCUAUUUUGGCCGCUGGCUUCGGUCUUGGCUUCCAGCAGCGCAAGUUUGAGCUGGUAGAAACACCUGCUGACGGCAAGGGCGACUUGACAAGUACACCCGUCACCAUUUGUCAGAGCGCCCCAUCCAAGUUCGACAUCACGGUCGGUUCAGAAACGUACGUCAACGUAACAAGCACGUUCAGUCCCUCGAGCAACACGCUCACAACCUACUACCCGCACACACGCCUCUCUACAACAUUCAUACGUGAUGAAGACCGCCUGACCUUGUUCCAGCAAGGCAAGCAGUACCGUCUGCAACUUGCGAUGCCCAAAUGGGCAGAGAAGGCACUUGGCAUCAAGGACGUGACGAACAGUGUGCUAGCGCCCAUGCCAUGCAAGGUGCUUAGGGUAGAGGUUGAAGAGGGACAGGAGGUAAAGAAGGACCAGCCGCUUGUGGUCAUCGAGAGUAUGAAGAUGGAGACUGUUAUCAGAAGUCCAACGGAUGGUGUCGUCAAGAAGAUCGUGCAUGGCAAAGGGGAUCUGUGCAAGGCUGGUACAGCACUUGUCGAGUUUGAGGAAGUUGAAGGGACUUCGUAGUGGAAUAGCUACAGCUAGGAAAAGAAUACGGAUACCACGUACGGAACAACCAAAAGACCAAAGCUCCUCCUUUCCCACUCAUUUCUUCACCUUGUAACAGCCGCUUAUGUGUCCACGCACUGUCUACAGCACCAGAGAUAUGUCUGAGAUAUCAGACUCGUCAUCGUCCUUUGUCUUGUACAUGUAGCGC